UAAUUGAUAAAAAAGAAUAUAUAUUUCGUCGGAAACUGCACUUUGUAACAUUUGCUUCUUAAACAACAAAUAAGGAUGAAAUACCUGUGCGUUGCUGCUCUUCUCGCUGUCAGUCUGUAUGAGGUGGCAGAGGGUUAUGCAAUGAAGCAUUGCAAGUCAUCAGAUGAUUGUUCUGCUAAACAAUGUUGUGUUCGAUUAACUCCUGAUAUGCCUUACAUAUCAUUCAAGUUGAACAAAUGCAAAGCUCUUCGUGGGGAAGGAAAAGUAUGUAAUCCCAAUGACGAUGAUGAUGGUGUAUAUAUGUUCCAAUGUCCUUGCCAAGAAGGAUUAGAAUGUGUUGAAGAAACUAAAGGAUCUUCCUCAAGUAAAUCUUCCUCAUCUUCCUCAUCUUCCUCAUCGUCUUCAUCGUCCUCUGAAGAGACAGAAUAUAGAUGUCGGGCUACUGCUACUGAAGCACCAGCUGAGGAAACUGAAGCUCCUGAAGGUGGAGAAGGGGAAAAUGAAGCAUCCCAUGAAGAACAACCAGAAGUUAACGCUGUUUAAAAUAUAAAAUAAAUAAAAUUCAUUUUAAAAUGUAUAAAUUUAAUAUUUAUGUAAAAAAUUUUAAUGUUUACAUAAUAAAUAAUAAAAACGCAUAUGAAUUUAUAAUUUGUGAUAAAUAUUGGUAGUGAGGGAUGAGGCCUGACAUAUCUGGGACAGACCAUUAUCCAUCCUGGGUUAUAAAACGUUUUUAAAAGAUUAAAAUGUGGGCCUAAUGCUAGAUCAUCAUUACUUUUGAUUAUAAAUCAUUAGUGUU